GACACUCUCUAUGGCCAUGUGUGCACACCACUCACAGUCUCCAGUCUUGCAGUCUAUGGUGGUUUGCAGCGGCGCUACAUUCAGAAGUGCCAGAUAACUGAUCUGUACUGGCAAUUUCAAGCUGAAUGGUCUGCCCUGUCUGAGCUGCACCCACACUACGGUGCAGAGAUACCCUCUUAUGAUACUUUUCGACGCAGGUGGAAUUCCCACUGGAGCAACAUGCUUCGCAUGCGAGAAAAGAGUCAGCACAAGCAGUGCCAGCGAUGCUUUGACCUGCAGAUGAUGUUGCGUAACCCCAAAGUUUCAUGGAGUCGCAAGAUGGAGGUCGCAAAAUUGUUGCGGCAGCAUCAAAAGGAUCAAUACGAGGAUCGUCUCCUGUAUUGGUCUCUGAGAUGGGCUUCGACCAUCCAGGCACAGUCUUGCAGUCCUCAGUCCUCACAGCCAUCCAAGCAGCCCUUGCAGUCAGGAACAGUUCUCACUGUCAUCAUCGAUGACAUGGACCACAGCAAGUUUGCAUGGCCACGCUGGGAGUUUCGCAAACAGCCGCAUGAGUUGGAUGGAUUGAUACGACCAACAGUCACAUUCACAGGCGCAUAUGCACAUGGAUGGGGCACGUACCUCUAUAUGGCCGGCCCACAAGUUGUGGGGGGGUCGGACUAUUUUUUGGAGGUCCUGUGUCAGACCUUGGAGCAGGUUUGGCAGUCUUGCAGUCCUCAGUCCUGGCCGUCUCAUUUGGUGCUAGUUGCUGACAACACCACAAAGUCGGCAAAAAACCAGUUCGUGCUGCGAUUUCUGUGUUACCUGGUGGGCCGUAAAAUCUUCAAGUCAGCAGGCAACCUCCCAGAAGUCCCUCACUGUUUCACCAUGAUCACUGGUGAUACAAUGUCUUUGAAGCACAGGCAGCUGAUGGAAGAGAGUUUGGAUGGGACAGCAGUCUAUGUGUGUGUCAAAAUGUACUCUCGUGACUUGAACCUCAGCCAGCCCCCCUUCAAGGUUGCCAGCAUGGCCCAGAUUACUGCAGUCCACCCGGCAAUCCCGAGGGGUGUUCACUCUGCAGUUGAGCUGUCUGCCAGUCAGAUUGACACCUUCUCCAGAUUGGCAGAACUGGCAGAGAAGUAUGGCAUGGCAAAAGCUGCCAAGGCUUUGCAAGAGCUCGUUCUUGUGAGGCGCUAUGAUGUGCAUCCUUUGGAGUUUCUGAGACAAGCACGCAGAGUUUUCUGUCCAGAGCCAGAAGGCUUUGCACAGUUGCCAUACUUGCCACAGUCCUGCUGGCGACUGAUGGCCAAGAUGCACCAGUGA